AUGACUAAAAUAGCUGUCGUGACUGGUUCUAAUAAAGGUGUUGGUUUUGCUAUAGUUCGAGGCCUUUGUAAACGAUUUGAAGGAAUAGUGUACCUCACAUCGCGGGAUGAAAAGCGAGGAGCUGCUGCAGUCGCCGCCCUGAACCAAGAAGGUUUACAUCCUAACUAUCAUCAACUAGACAUAACAGAUAAGCAGAGCAUUACAACAUUUCGAGACUAUUUGAAAGAAAAAUAUGGAUUUAUAGAUAUUCUAAUUAACAACGCCGCUAUCGCUUUCAAAACCAAAGCUCCGGAACCAGUUGCAGUUCAAGCAGAACAAACGCUAUUCGUUAAUUACUUCUCAGUGCUUUCGACAUGUGAUAUUUUAUUCCCUAUUAUGCGCAAUGGCGGUCGUGUGGUUAAUAUUUCUAGUUCUGCUGGUCACUUAAGCCUUAUUCCCAGCGAGACACUAAGAAAACGCUUCCAAGACCCUAACUUGACCACUCAAGAACUCUCAGAAUUGAUGAAUAAGUAUGUUGAAGCAGCUAAAGAAGGCACUCAUGCAGCGGAAUGGGGAAACUCAUCAUAUGUUGUUUCUAAAGUUGGCUUAACAGCCUUGACUAAGAUACAGCAAAGAUUGCUCAAUGAUAGAGAUAUAAAAGUGAAUGCAGUUCACCCUGGCUAUGUGAAUACUGACAUGUCCUCACACAAGGGUGUGCUAUCUAUAGAUGAGGGGGCUCAAGCACCACUGUACUUAGCCUUGGAUGCUCCUGACACUGUCAGAGGAGAAUAUGUGUGGUUCGACAAGAGAAUUUUUAACUGGAAUGGAGAGAAACCUGAAGAAAAAUAU